ACUGGUUUUGCCUCCUUCUGACUGCCCUUGGCCACUUCAGCAGCAUGAAAGCAACAGCCUUUGCCCUGCUCUUGGCUUUGGCUUUGACAUCCAUCUUCAAUGUAGAAUGUGCCACACACCCUCAACAGGUUGACUGCAGUAAAUAUGAGAAGUUCCCACGGAGAGAAGAGGGAUUUUGUUAUGAAAUAUAUGCACCAAUUUGUGGAUCUGACGGCAAAACUUAUGGCAAUGAUUGCUUCUUUUGUUCUGAAGUUCGGAAAACUAACAACAAACUGAAAUUUGUACAUUUUGGAAAGUGUUGAAUCUAUCUUCUGAUUCCAAGGCACAUGAAACAUAUUUCUUCUCCCAUAUAACCUAUGCCAUACUGCC